UGCUUUGAUUAGGUGAUCAUUUUAGUGGGGUUUUUGUUGUUCUGUUUUUUUUACCUGGAGAUUAUUUACGCGACAAGGUGUACUCAACGUAAAUGAUCAGUCUAACCGGAAUUCUCAUUUUCCGGGUGUAUUGUAUCAUUUGCUCGCCAUUUUUCCCUCAUCACUGACAAGCUACAAUGGAGGUCAAAGCCGAGACGUCAAAGAUACCCUCUGAUGAGAGAGAGUUUCCUCUGAGACCCAUGGAUCUCAAAGUGAUCGCCGAGAAGACCGCGGACGCAGGGGCGCAGAGACCCACAUGGAGCAGGCGGCUUGAGUUCAUCCUGGCUACGGUUGGGUACGCGGUGGGACUGGGCAAUGUCUGGAGGUUUCCCUACCUGUGCUACAGCAGCGGCGGAGGUGCCUUCCUGGUCCCUUAUCUCAUCAUGGUGUUCCUGUGUGGCAUUCCCCUGCUCGUUAUGGAGUUUACUAUUGGGCAGUACACUCGUUUAGGGCCAGUGCAUGCUCUCGUCAAAAUCUGUCCCUUGUUAAAAGGAGUUGGCCUGGCCACUGUUGUUAUCUCCUUCGUCUUCUCCACGUACUACAAUGUGCUCAUGGCUUGGGCACUUUUCUAUUUCUUUAACUCAUUUGGAGCGACGCUACCAUGGAAGUCUUGCAACAACACGUGGAAUAAUGUGGGAAACUGUUCCACCGGUUUCCCCGGCAACAACACCCACCUGCAGUCUGCCAGCCAGCAGUUCUUCGAUCUCAAACUUCUGGAGAAAACUGAUGGCAUUGAAGAAGCUGGUGGCCUUCGCUGGGAAAUAUUUGGCUAUCUCAUUAUUGCCUGGGUCUUUGUGUAUUUAUGCAUAUUUAAAGGCGUCAAAUCCACUGGCAAGGUUGUAUAUUUCACUGCCGUAUUUCCGUACUUCAUCCUGUUUGCCCUGCUCAUUAAUAAUGUGCAGCUUCCUGGAGCCAAGAAGGGUAUCCUGUACUUUUUGACACCUGUCUGGAGCAAACUGUUUGAAGUUAAGGUUUGGGUUAAUGCAGCUGCCCAAGUGUUUAACUCCCUUGGGAUUGCUUUUGGUUCCAUGAUUUCGAUGUCUAGUUACAACAAGUUCAACAACAACAUUAUCAGAGAUGCUUUGAUUGUAACGGUAGCCAACUCGUUCACGAGUUUGCUGGCUGGAUUUGUGAUCUUCUCAGCUAUUGGCUACAUGGCUCACAUACACCACCUCCCAGUGAACAACAUAUCUACCGGUGGUCCUGGUCUGGUGUUUGUUGUUUACCCUGAAGUCCUCUCCACCAUGCCCGUCUAUCAGCUGUGGGCUCCUCUGUUCUUCUUUAUGCUGCUGUGUCUCGGCCUGGACAGCCAGUUUGCCACAGUUGAGGUGGCUGUGACAUUCAUAAAGGAUGAGUUUGGCCACAAAAUAAUGGGUUUCCUAAAGAGAGAAGAGCUGCUGACCCUGGCUGUGUGCAUCAUCUGCUUUCUCCUUGGGCUUCCACAUGUUACUCAGGGAGGUAUCUAUGUGUUUCAGCUGAUGGACCACUACACAGCUGUGGUUUCCCUUGUGUUCCUGGCUUUCUUUGAAGUUGUAGCCGUAUGCUGGCUCUUCGGUGUCCCACGCCUCUCUUUAAUGAUUAAGAGGAUGCGAGGAAGAACUGCAAACAUCUACUUUCGCAUCUGUUGGUUGCUGCUCUGUCCCAUGUUGGUGCUGUGCAUACUGACCUCCAGCAUUAUUCAGUACACUCCUGUUCACUAUGGGAAGUACAAGUACCCAGUGUGGGCUGAAUGGGUGGGUUGGGGAGUCUCACUUGUCUCCAUAAUAUGGGUUCCACUGGGAGCCAUUCACGAGCUCUACAGAAACAAAGGCUCACUUCUUCAGAGACUUAAAACCGCUAUGACUCCCACAAUAGAUCUGGAUACUGAGGAUCCCCUGCCAGAAAAACAAAACCUUGACAACCCAGCAUCUGAAGCUUUAUUUACUUCCGUAGCAUAACAUACAGUGAAAGCCUUUUCCGCAUCUUUAGGUACCAAACUAUGUGAUACAGAAAAGUUUUUAAUGCUUCUUACUGAUGGAUAACACUUUCAAAAAGUUAAACUUUAUUCAGUUUGUUCUACCAAAGGAUUUACUUUUAACUUUAGCCCAUUGUACAUACAUGUGACUUCAAAAACUCAAGCCACUUAUUAUUUGCAGUUGACAUCAACAGUAUGGAAACAUCUGUUGCACUUUACAUGCUGGACACUGAAAAUCUGAGUUUUUGUUUAUUAACUAAAGAUUAAUUUAUUUUGAUUAAGACAUUAUCGAUCACCUGACCUAUUAUGUCAAGACUAUGCAGGUCGUCAACCAAAGACUAAAAUUUAAACAGUUGAUUCGUCUUUUUAAAAAUGCUGUUUGCUUGUUGCCUCUGCUGUGUUGUUCUCUUAUUUUGAAUAGUAUAAAACCUUUCCCACUUUGUCACUGCCAGUUGAAGGCAGCUGCCUGGUUACAAACUUAGAAAUGCUUGACUUGAGAAUUUGACAAAGAUUGACUGACUGCAUCAUUGGUUUUGACUGUGAGGCUGCUCUGAGGAGCAGCUUCAGGAUCCACAAAUGGUUAGAGAGAUGCAGUCAAAGACAUUUAAUUGUUUGUGAGGGAAAUAUUUAGCAUGGGAUUA